CUCUGCUGUCCUGUGCAAGAGAGCUGGAGACAGCAGCUUCCACUUGAGCCAUGGCUGGGCUGGCCCAGUGUCUUGUCCUGGCGGCCACCCUCCUUGGUCUGGCAGUCUCUCUGGACUGGAAGGCAGCCUCCAGCCUGAACCCCAUCGAGAAGUGUAUGGAGGACCACGAUUAUGAGCAGCUUCUCAAGGUGGUAACCUUGGGCCUCAAUCGGACUUUGAAGCCCCUGAAGGUGAUAGUGGUUGGCGCAGGCGUAGCUGGGCUCGUAGCAGCCAAGGUGCUCAGUGAGGCAGGACACAAGAUCACCGUCCUGGAAGCAGAUACCAGGAUUGGGGGCCGUAUCUUCACUUUCCGAGAUGAGAAGACAGGCUGGAUAGGGGAGCUUGGGGCCAUGCGAAUGCCCAGCUCCCACAGGAUCUUGCACAAGCUCUGCAGGAGCCUGGGCCUCAACCUGACUCAGUUCACACAGUAUGAUGAGAACGCGUGGACGGAGGUGAAUGGUGUGAAGCUGCGAAACUAUGUGGUGGAGAAGAUGCCAGAAAAGUUGGGCUACAACCUGAGCCACAGAGAAAGGGGUCAUUCCCCAGAAGACAUCUACCAGAUGGCACUCAUCAAGGCCUACAAAGACCUCAAGGCCUUGGGCUGCAAGAAAGCCAUGCAUAAAUUCAACAAGCAUACGCUCCUGGAGUACCUCCUCAAGGAGGGCAACCUGUCCCGGCCGGCUGUGCAGCUCUUGGGAGAUGUGAUGUCCAAGGAGGGCUUCUUCUACCUCAGCUUUGCAGAGGCAUUACGUGCGCAUGCUUGCCUGAGCGAUCGACUACGGUACAGCCGAAUCGUGGGUGGCUGGGACCUGCUUCCGCGAGCGCUCCUGAGCUCGCUGUCGGGGCCGGUGCUGCUGAACGCGCCUGUGGUGUCGAUCACUCAGGGGAGGCACGAUGUGCAUGUGCACGUUGCCACCUCGCUGCGGCCUCACAGCUUGAAGACGCUGACGGCGGACGUGGUGCUGUUGACUGCCAGUGGGCCCGCGCUGCAGCGCAUCACCUUCUCGCCGCCGCUGACUCGCAAGAGGCAGGAGGCACUACGCGCGCUUCACUACGUGGCAGCCAGCAAGGUUUUUCUAAGUUUCCGUCGGCCUUUCUGGCACGAGGACCACAUCGAGGGCGGCCACUCCAACACUGACCGCCCAUCGCGCCUCAUAUUCUAUCCGGCGCGGGGCGAGGGCUCACUGCUUCUGGCCUCGUACACGUGGUCGGACGCUGCAGCCCCCUUCGCUGGACUGAGCACCGAGCAGACCCUGCGUUUGGUGCUCAAGGACAUGGCGGCCCUGCACGGGCCUGUGGUGUACCGGCUGUGGGACGGCAGGGGUGUGGUCAAGCGCUGGGCCGAGGACCCGCAUAGCCAGGGAGGCUUCGUGGUGCAGCCGCCAUCGUUUGGGCAAGGGGCCGAGAACUAUGACUGGUCAGCCCCCUACGGCCGCAUUUACUUCGCAGGCGAGCACACAGCUCUCCCUCAUGGCUGGGUAGAGACCGCUGUCAAGUCCGGGUUGCGGGCCGCGGUGAGGAUCAAUAAUAACUAUGGGUACGGGGUGCUCGACCCCGAGAUUUCAGAGUAUGCACAUGCAGAGGUCAGCUCCGCAAAAGACGGCUUCCAGUAUCUGGAAGGAGACCAGCUGGAGGAGCAGCAGGUGCCGGAAGACGUCAGCCCCGAGGGGCAGGAGCCCUCAAAGAAGCACUUCUUGGUGGAAACAAGCCCCGAAGGGCAGCAACACGUGUUCAUGGAGGCCAUACCGGAGCUGCGGGGACACGUGUUCGUGGAGACUAUCCCCCAGGAGAUGGGGCAUGUGCACCAGAAUAUAUAUCCUUCGGAGCGUGUGCAUGGGGAAGUCAUCCCAGAAUUACAAGGGCAUGUGGGACCUAGCACCCCGCAGCAUAUGCACCAAGAGGCGGACCACUCUUAAUUUUGUGCAAAGGGGAAUUGGGCACCCAGCUCCUAACCAGCCCUCUUCAGGGCAGACAGACCACCUACAAUAAUAGCCCACAAUAAAGUUAUUUUUGUUAAACCAGA